AACAACGCGUCUGUGCGCCGUGACAGAAAGGGAGGGCAGUAGGAGAGCUAGAAACAGAGCAGGAGCGACACAUCCCAGCUCUCCAAAACCACCCAGACAACAAGAAGCGCUCGGAACCUCCAAACGAUCCAAACUGACUCCACGCAAACUUCCCGCAGACGCUCCAGCAUGUCCAGCGGAGGCGAGCACCGCGGAUGCGCCACAUGAGGCGGACCAGGGGAACAGAACGCUGCGCUCUUAAAGUUUGCCCGCAGAGACGCGCUGUGACUCUCGCAGAGCCCAAAAAGAAAGUUCCUCUGUGUUUUCAGCUUCUCUGACUCCAAACGGACUCUUGGGAUUGCUUGGAUUCAGCGGCGCGUCUUUUUUUUAUGUUCAGCCGGGGAGACGCGUAAAUAUCCGGGGUGGUCCGCUAUCAGGAAGGUGACAUGCAGGUUCUCGGUUGGACCACAGUUCUCCUCUGCCAGUGGAUCCUACAAAAGGUCCAGGGACUGGAGAAGCAAGUGGACUUGUCAGAUUUGGGCCCUGUUGGGUCAGUCAUGAAGACUCUGCCAUAUGGCAUGGGUGGAGGAGCAGCUGGCGGAGUUGUGAAACCUCCAUAUCAAACACGUAUAUUCUCCACAUCCAUUGACCAGUCGCCCUUGAAGUCCAAACCACCUACGUACAGUUUCUACAACCCAUACGACUCAGGCCGAAACCAAUCCCUGCUGCUCGAUCAGACAGGCUACCGCUCCAAACGCAAGCCAUCCCUAAAAACCAACAUGAAGACCAAGAAGAUCUUUGGCUGGGGAGACUUUUAUUUCAGCGUUAAGACAGUGAAGUUCAGCUUGUUGGUGACAGGGAAGAUCGUGGACCACAUCAAUGGAACUUUCACCGUUUACUUCCGCCACAACUCAUCCAGCCUGGGGAACGUGUCGGUGAGCAUCGUGCCUCCCUCCAAAGUGGUCGAGUUUGAGGUUCUUCAGCAGCCUCAGCUACACCCUCACACCCAGCAGGACAUCCAGAUCCAGGACACGCAGCAGUCCACCAUCGACCCCAAAGAGGGGAAGACCCUCAACUGUAGGGUGGAGUACGAGAAAACCGACAGAUCGAAGAAAUCCAAACCCUGCCUGUAUGACCCGUCCCAGACCUGCUUCACAGAGCACACUCAGUCCCACGCUGCCUGGCUCUGCGCCAAACCCUUCAAGGUCAUCUGUAUCUUCAUUUCUUUUUUAAGCAUCGACUACAAGCUUGUUCAAAAGGUGUGCCCAGACUACAACUUCCAAAGUGAGCGCCCUUAUUUUGGAUGAACAAGUGAGACUCAAGCGAGUGGAGAGAGAAAGACAAUAAUCACGGCGAAGAUUGGAAGAACGAUGAAAAUGAUACAUACAUUGAUAACGAUGAAAAAGCAGCGGACACAUUUAUUUUCCCUCUGAACUGCUGUGAAUUGUGGAUCUAAAUAAUGUAUAUAAAGAGUUAUGAACAGUUUAGAGUAUGGAGGACUUCUCUGACAUAUUUUCCAACUUUGUUAACAUUUGUUUUUCUGUUUUCUUUUCUGUAAAUAACGUGCUCAUCCUCAGCAGACCUUAUUGUUUUUAGAUAUAUGUUUCUCUGUGUUAUUACUUUCUACAGAUGGAGAAUUCAGUUAAAAGCAACCCAAAUGGGUAAUAUUAUGCCAUGUGAGUACAAACUGAGCCUGUUAGGCAGCUGUGCUGUGCCAUCACUGUGUGGCAGACAUAAUGUUAUGGUAGACUGACUGUUAAUCUUCCUCUCAGCUCUACGUUUCAAACCAUGGAUAUAAGAGAGUUAUAUGUAUGAGAAAUGCUAUGCUGGAUAUGCAUACAAUAUACUGUAUGAACAAGCACAUUAAAAUCUCUUUAACUGUC